AAUUUUGUUAUAGAUUUUAUAGCAACAUUCAAUUUCGUGUCCAUCUGUGUAUUUGAACUUGAACUAAAAUCCAGCAAGCUGCCAGGUAGAAAGGACAAGCUGAUAUUGAUUUAAAGAUGGCUAUAUUUGGAGUUCUUGGAUUCGGUUUGACAACAACAGCUCUGUUGAUCACGUUUGCCAAAUAUUUCGUAAGAAACUGGUUUCCUUAUUUUAUGGUGAGUUUGGUCCUCUUCGAGAUUGGAAUGUUCUCCAUGACAAAGGGAAAGACAAUUCAACCUGAAAGGCCACCGACCAGGUCAGAGAAAACUGAAGAAGGAAGAACGAACAGAGCUCCACCCGCGUCACCGGGGGGAAAUAAAAACAGCCCAUCUCCGAAAAAUACAGACAAGGCCGGCGGUCAAUCGGCAGCGACAAGCAAGCAAGACAAGGCAGCAAAGAAAGCUCAAGCAAAGGCAGCAGCCGCCGCUGCCAAAUGAAAACUAUGGCUUUGUUAUCGGCUUAAAGUAUUUCAUUCUCUUUUAAUUCAUUGCGCGUUGCAUUGAAUUUUGGACAUUUCCAAGUGGACCCUUUCAUUGGUUAAUGAACUCUGCAACUUGAAUUAGACAACAAUUCUGAAGUGGAAAUCUUUUCCCCAUUCACUGCUCGUUAUAAAUUUGUAUCUAUUUUUAUGGCAAUGAUUCUGCAUUAUUCAGUUUUCAAUGCUAACACUGAUGGAGUUUUUAUAUUAUUAGAAAUAAUGUUGUCAUCUACUUAAACGAAGAAAUGGGAUUUUAAACAAAUCAUCACAUACUUUAAACAACAUUAAGAGAGUCCCUAACUCAGUAAUAGUUUCAUCAUUUAGAAAUAAGUAUUUGUUCAUUAGGGGAAACCGUUUUACUCUCUCCAAUUUAAGACCCAUUUCCAUAGAAUAGUUA